GCCAAAGGCAGCCGCCUCGGCGCCCGACUCGUUUGGCGGGCGUACUCGUUGCCCGUUGCCAAGGAGCAGUCGCGGAACUAAUUCAAGCCACAGUGACCCGGUGGCGAUACAAUUUUGCACGGCGAGGUUCUGUGAGCUGAGAGCUGCUAUCAAGCACCCAAAACAACCUGUGAAUUCGCCCACGCGGGACAGCCACGUUACAAAAAACGAGCAUGCCCGAAGACCCGGAAACAACGCCGCAAGGCCCGCGGUCGCCGUUAUCCCCACAAAGCCCGGGCUUCGCCGAGGUCUUCGCGGACGAGGCGGACGUCGACGGCUGGCGCCUCGCCUUCGCCGCGAAGCAGCGCCUCUCGGUGAAACGGGAUGACGACGUCGACAAGGAGCCGACCUACGCGCUGAGUUGCCGGUGCGGCACCUUCCGCUGGACGAUUCCGAAGCUGCCCUUUGCGCGCUUCGAGGCGCUCGAAGGUGCUAUAAAGCAGCCGCCGCUGCGGCCGUCGCUCGCCUUCCCGCGGCGCACGCGGUUUCUACGCGCGCCGCCGGCCGAGACGGCGCUCGACGCGUGGUGCGACAUCCUGUCGCAGAAUAUCCGGGCCGCCGCUUUGGAACCGCCGACCACGGACCUGGCGGACGCCCUCGACGCUCUCUCAGACAUCCUGCGCCUUGAGGAAGCGAAGCCGAACAUCGACGCCGCCGGCGCGGUCCUCGAGAAGCCCCAGCUCCAGACGAAGACGCCGCGGCGGCCGGCGACGAACGAUUCACUAAAGGCGCGCGACGCUAGCGUCGACCGGCGCCUGGAUAGCGUCGCGGCGAAACUACGAGCGCUGCGCAAGGGCCGCACGGGCCGCAAGCCGGGCAAGCGGCCGAGCCGGCGCGCUUUGGCGUCGUUGCGCGUCGACGCGCCCGAGGUCACGGACGGGUCGCCGCCGCCGCCGCCGCCGCGACCGUCGGCCAACGCGCUGUCGCCGAACAACUUCUCCGAGCGCGGCCGGGCGCCGGUCCUCUCUUCAUCAGAGACGGCGACGCUGCUGCACAUCCCGCCCGCGGCGCCGGCCUUCGGCGACCUGUCGGCGCCGGUCCACACGACGCCGCCGCGGCCGGCGCGGCCGGCGCUGACCAUAUCAGAGACGGACACGCUCCUGCACGUGCCAUCAACACCAGCGAUGGCGGACGCGAUCGAGACGCGCGGCGCGCGGAGCCAUCGGCGAGGCGACUCGCUCGUCCAGUUCCUCGAGCAGGAGCCCGCCGUGGCCGAGGAGGCCGCGGUCAAGCCCGAGGAGCGCGCCGUGUCGCUCACGCCGUCGCCCUCCAAAUUAAUGACGUCGGUCACGGAGACGCUCUUCCACCGGCCCGCGGCGCCGCCCCUGGAGGAGCUCCCGACGGAGGCGCUCGAGCGCGAGCUGCACCGGCGCCGCAGCGUGAGCCCGCGGCCCGCCGCGGACCAAUCAAAUGGCCUGAGCGACGAGAGCGACGGCGCGGACAGCAUGAGCGACGACGCGUCCUUUAUACACGGCGACGACGACCUCGACUCGAACGGCACGCUGUCGCCCAUCCCGUCGCGGUCGACGACGCCCGUCUUUUAUGAUGCGGCCGUCGAUCCGUCGACGCCUAGGUCGCUCACGCCGAUUUUGUACGAGUCCGUGCUGGACCCCGAGGCGACGCCGACGCACUUCCGGCCGGUCGUGGAGCCUUCAGCGUCGGCGCGCCUGCUGGACUUCUUGGCGUCGCCCUUUCAGUAAAUAGCCAGU